AUGGCGGCACAGAUCGCCGAGCUCAGUCAAGCACGGACUCCCCUUCGAGUUCGGAACAUCAUUGACGACCUCAAUACUGAUGGCGACCCAGCCGGAACCAUGCGAUCCACUGCUGUCGGAUCAGCAAACGCUCCAGCACCACCAGAUCUAAGUCAUGAUGCCGAGUUCAAAGCAAUGAAGGCACAACUUCACGAGAUCACUUCGAAAAUUCACCAAGCAACGAGCGCAGCCCCGGAGAUCGAGCGCGUCAUUCAGGAAACACAAAAGACACCCUUUACACCGCGCAUAGCGGGAACACCUGUCAAACACAUGGAGAAACUCAAGAUCAAGAUCUACGAAGGCAAUACCGAUCCCCGGCAUUUUUUGACAUCGUUUGGAAUCUGCAUGAAUCGAUACCAGUUCAAGUAUGCCGAAGAGAGGGACGCGGUCCAGUGCCAGCUGUUUGUCGAGAGCCUAGGAGGAAUAGCUCUCGACUGGUUCUCACGACUCAAGGCGAACUCAAUAAAUAACUACAAAGAACUGACGACGGCCUUUGUUAAACAUUUCUCGAUGUUCAACGGACAGAACACCAAGAACUCCGCGCUGUGGCAGAUAGCCCAAGGAGCAAGCGAGAGCCUCCGUGACUUCAUCCAACGCUUUAAGACGAUCGUCGCCAACUGCACGAUCAGCGACGAAGCUGCUCUCUUAUGUCUCCAGAAAGGAGCUCGAAUAAAAACAAGCUUCCGGAGCGCGAUCACACACAACCCCCCGCAGACCUUGGAGGAAGCAUUACACCGAACUAAUACUUACAUCGCCGAAGAAGAAGAAGAGGCAGCCUAUGAGCAGAACUAUUCGGCAAAGCAAGCCGAACGUCCAAAGGCCGCCACUAAUGAACCACAAUCAGGCUAUAGCAGAGGGUAUGAGAAUCGCAAGAAGUUCUACGCUAAUGCCAUCCAGCAACCGACCAAACAGUGGAGUAAUAAGUGGGUCCGCAGUGAAGAAGAUCAAGACGAGUCGUUGAUCUGCGAAUUCCAUAACCGUAAAGGACAUAGCACCAAAGACUACAGACAUCUACGGGAAUACCUGCUCGCGCAGUAUCGAAAAGGACAAAUCUCGCUCGACGAUCUCCGUCAUUCAACCGCUCAAAGAAGCAAGUCACCUCGACCGAAUAACAUACCACCCGAGAACGCCAUCGCCAAAGAUCCACCAGCUCCACCAGCUUUACCAGCUCUACCGCCACCUCCACCGAAUCAACCUGGUUUACCCGAGCAACCGAAACGCAACCGUGACGACCGUGCGCCAGAAAACCACACUCCCAAAGCAAGGAAGCGCGUCAAUAUGAUUAUGGGAGCUAUAGAAGCCUGCAGCUAUUCGGUUCGGGCCAUCAAGGAAUACAGUAGACAGGCCGCCACCGCGCCUAAACUCCUGCACGAUCCGCCGAAUAGAACCCCUUUGAUAUUCACCGAAGCCGACACAAUCGGGUUGCACAAACCACACAAUGACGCCCUCGUCGUCGAACUUCUUCUCGACGAUGUCGAAGUUAGUCGUAUUCUUAUCGAUACAGGCAGCUCGGUUAACAUUAUCUUCAAAGACGCGCUUGAUCAGCUCGAUAUACCAUUAGACAAAAUUGAGCCCUUUAUCGAACCACUCACGGGGUUCGAUGGCGAACGCUGCAUGACGGUCGGCACAGUCAAAAUCCUGAUCUACCUCGCUAGAGUUGCGAAGAUCAUCCAGUUCCUCAUCCUUGACAAACCAGCGAUCUACAACGCUAUUCUCGGCACACCGUGA